AUGCUCAUGAUGAUUCAUAGCACUACCUCAACCUCAGAGGACGUUGUUAAAUCACUCAAAUCUUCAAAGGUUUCUCAUGAAAACAAACUGGCGAUAGCGUUCGAUACAUGGAAUUCAUCUGAUAUUAUAUUUCCCAAUAAGGGAGAGUAUCUGGCCGAAUGGGUCACUGGUACUGUGACAGUCGCAACUGAAUGCUUCCGAUUGCUUGCUGAAUCUCAACAUAUACUAUUCAGACCUUCAUUUGAGCAUCUGACAACUCUGUUCCUGAAUGUCUGUACUAUAUAUAAAAGAGAAGAUAUUAUGGCUGACGAACAUAACGAAAAGAUAUUAAUUGAAUGGUUGUUCACUGCAGCAGAUUGUUACGAGAAAGCAAUAAUCGCAGCGGCGAACACACGAAAGGUGUAUGAUACGGUUGUUAUUAAACUUCUAAAACCGAUGCUCAUAGCCAAUCAUUCACUGCAUAUACUGCGCAGUCAAUCGAAAAACACAGAAAUGAUCGAUGCAACAGUCAGGCGAUUUGAAAAUAUUGUCAGAAUUGCUAUUUUCGUACAGGAUUUUAUCAAAGAACAAUUGUCGCACACAGAUAAAGAGGCACCCGGAAACGCGUCCAAAACUAUCGCGGCCAACCCUCUCACUAGCAGCCUGCUCGACGUCAUAUCAAAUAUAGCUAACUCGGCUACUACUUUUGACAAAGAAACUAUUGCAUGCCUUAGCAGUCUUCCUGAUCUACUUACCCACAGUCUCUUAGGCCAGUCGACAGACCGUAAUGCGACGCGCAAUUUUUUCUUGAAGUUAUGGACUAAAGCGAGUAACGCUUUCAAUGCUAUAUUGAAAGAUAAUAAAGAGCAUAAUGGUGUUCUACAAGCAAAGCGACGUAUUUUUGAAGCUAUCAACAAGCUUUUGCGGAUUUUCGAGAACGACUUGUACAGACCCGGAGACGACGCCAUACAUGAAGUCAAGUGUUUCCUCGAAGAUCUUUCCGGACUAGUGAGAGAGAGUACGAAGAGAAUAGACAAGAUCUUUUAUCUUCAGCGUGAGCUUUUAGAGUUUUUAGUGCUUGUCCUAAAGAUUAACAACAAUAGCGUAGAAACACACUUGGCACGGAUAUGGCCUAUUAUCUUGAUGUCUGCAGAAGAUGCGCGUGUGGAAGCGUCUACAUUUGUACGAGUGUUUCUCACCGUUUAUUCCAAGAGUCACAAGUUGAAUGUGUAUUUGGUGAGCUUGCUCGAAGCAAUUGAUACUGUGGAAGUCAUAAGUAAUUGGAUGACAGUAUUAAAGAGUGUGGUUUAUAGCAAUGAAUAUUUGGGCGAGUUUGCAGCAUGUGUGUCAACUCAACGCGAAGACGAGAUUGUUGAACUGUUGUCGGUCAUGGACCAACAAUUACAGCGAGUUUACUCGGAAAAUUUGGAAGCCAGCAAAUUAGGAACCCCGUUAGAGGGAUGGAGGAACUCGGGAAACGACAAAUCAGACCGUGGUAGCUCUGCUCAGCUCGAGUUACUGAUACCAAUAUUCAUUCCAUUUUUACGUUCCAUUAAGGUGGAAGCAAAGUUCGACACCAUAUUUAAAAAUUUCUAUAAAAAUUAUGUUUCCCCCGUAAUUGAACUUGUUGAUGUCGAACAUUCACAUAUGGUUCACUUUAUUUAUGCUGCUCUUUCCAUUCACUUGGCUCUUUCGGAGAUAUGUGCAACAUAUUGGGUCAGUUUUGCCGAUGUCACUUUUCGAAUAAAAAGUUGGACAUUGAACGAUCCUAGGGCCAAGGUUUUAACCUAUCAAAUCUUUAUGCAUCAUAUCAAAGUGGUAAUCAAUGCACAGUCUCCCAACCUUACUCAAGCUCAUGCAAAUAUCCACACCAAUGAUGUGAAAUCAAUGUUAAUUGCGGAUGUACUGGAAGCAAUACAGGUUCCUGGUCCUAAAAUUACUUGGAGUGGAAAGAUACGUGAUAUUAACGCGGAUAACUACUCACUCGCCGCUGCCAAGGUCUUUUUUGUUGAUUGGUUGGACAUUAUUUGUGACAACGACUCUAAGGAAAGUGCUGAACGCAUAACCCGAUUCAUAGUUAGAUGUUAUAUGGAUAGUUGCUAUAAUAAUAAUAAUACUCUUGAAUAUACUCCAAAGACAUUAUGUUUGGAGAUUUUCGGAUCUGCCGAAUUUUAUGAACUGCCUGCGAUUAAGAAAGUCUUUUUCGAUGUAUGUCUUAAGGAGAUGCUAUUUGUUGUACCACGGAUUACGAAAUCGCCAUCGAGACUAUUUUCCGACUUGGAACUCAUACUGUCCUUGAUCUCUACGUCACAGGAUCGUCGAUCUAUAUAUAGUGAUGCUGAACACUUAUUCUCAGAGACAACCAGAAUAACUCAGAUUCAUUGCACCAAGAUGACAAAAGCCAAUACCGAAUCUGAUUCAGAUGACUCGGAAGAUUCGAGAUUCAAUCAGGAGGUUGACGGAAUAUCGGUAAUUAAUGUUCGUUUAAGAGCGAUUAUCGAUCUAUUGCAGUUAUUUCCAUUAAGUUAUUUUACCAAAAGUCAAAGAGACGGACUUAUGCUUGCUGCAAUGGUGGUUGAAAGAAUGAUUGAAGGUGGAGGGUUAGAAUGUGCAAAAACAACACUCGCAUGUCGAAAUCUCGUUUUGAAGUUAGUAGAAUAUGGUACACUAAGCAUAUUGAGCCAUUCCAUAGUAUAUUUUAGGUGGUGGAUCGUAACUAUCAUCAUUAACGAACGGCGGCUCUAUCAAAUAGCUAACACCAGUGAUAACCAAGAGGCCAUUACGCGUCUUCGCGAUGAGUUGUUCAACGUCUCAACUAGUGUAAUAUCCAAGACGGUGCGCCGAGUUCUUGAAAGAGCACAGGAUGUUUAUAUGGUUAGCGUUAUCGAAUUUCUCAAGUCUUUGUCUCCAAUUAAAUCUGAUGCUAUCAUGACUGAAGAGGUAUCUGGAGAAGAUGAUAUAUUAGGCAACGAUUGGGCACUGAGCUUCAUUGUUGAUGUAAUAGAUGUCUGUAUAGAACAUCGUGAGAAGGUAAAGUCUAAUCACCAGCCACAAUAUUGGGUCCCUCUUGUGAGCUUAAGCAACUUAAUUUUGGAACAAUCAACUCAAAGUUUACAAUCUUAUAUCGAUGUAACAUGUGAGGAAUUGUGCAAUAAUGACAGUUUAGACACAAAGAAGGACGUCAAGAAAUUUAACAAUAUUGGCAGUCUUCUUAGAGCGUUCAAAGUCAGCAUUAAGUUUGACAACCUACUUAAGGAUGACGAGACUAGGAGACGCGAUCUAAUGCAAGUUCUAGAGAAACUUGUUGGCUUUGCGUACAAGUUAAUGAGCAAAAAGAAUGAACUCGGCGACGAAGAUAUCAUAAAAAACGUACUCACGAUUAUGUCUAUAGUUGCUGAGAGCCAUAAUUUUUUUGAUGGGCCUAAUGGAAAAGACAUUGUGGAGAAAAUUAUAUCGAUAUUUUGGGACAUAUUUAGCGUCUACUUGACAAAAGAACCCGCAAUUAAUCGACAGGCCGAGAAUAUAGCCUGUAAAUUCAUACGUUCGUUGUCAAGAGAACAUUUUCAGAAUAUAUAUGAAGACACGCAUGGAAUACUCAGGAAGAUGAUUCUCAAACCAAAGCCUCGAGACGUCGACACGGUCAUUAUAUUGAUCGAUAUAAUGAUUAGAGAGUCAAAAAGUACAAACAAAUUCAUAGUCAAGAAGAAUCUUUCUUUAUUGAUAAGUCACUUAUGCAAUAUUGAUCAAUGUGAAACAAACGACAACACAAUAAUGCGUGUAUUGAACAUAUUUGCUUAUCUAUGUAUACAAAGAGACUUUACAUUGGAAAUUCCUGGUGUGACUUCAACAGUUCACUCACUGCUGGCUAAUUACGACUCGAGAGAACAGAGGAAUUCUGCGUCAAUAUUCAAUAGUGUUUGUGAUUUGCUACACGUCAUGUUCAAGUACCGUCGAUCGGAAAUUAUGAGGACACUCCCGCCGGUUACUGCUAUUAUCUAUAUUCUUCUCAACGCGUUUAAACGCCCGUCAACAAGCAGUCUGGGUUUAGAGCCAUCAACAUUCAGAACAAAACUCAAUAUAUCCACGUCCGGUGAAGAGGUCACAAUAAAAUCGGCACAGAAACUAGCAAGAUUAUUCGCAGAAAUACCGCAAGAUACUGCAUCCGUACUAAGCACCUCGGAAUAUAACAAGAUUCGGUCAAGUGAAUUGUCGAAGGCUUUCAAGAAACAUGUUUCAUUCAUACUAGUUGAGUACAUGAAAAUACUAGUCGAAGGCAUAGAGAACAAAGUCAAGGAGACGCUUAAUAUUGGGUUGUUUUCGUUGAUGGAUCUGUGUACCGAACAUGAGAGAGAUUUGGUAAUGAGUAGUUUGGGUAGAGUUGCUCAGACAGUAUUCAAAGAAUUCUGGGCCGAGUAUGUUAAGGAGUGGAAGUAUACGGGAAGAGCCUAG